AUGUCUGACGCCCCAGAAGGUGGAGAGCCAAAGCUUUCGAAGAAAGAGCUCAACAAGCUCGCCAGAAAGGCCAAAAAGGACGAGAAGGCUGCGGAGGUUAGAGAGUUGGGAAAUGUUUCGCAACUCGGUUUUUUUUCAGAAUGGAGGAAAUCAGAAACAAACUGCUGCAAGUGAACAAGACGACUACUCAAAGGACUUCUAUGGUUCCUACGGACUUGUGAACUCGAAGGAAAAGAAGGAGUUGAACUUCUUGAGAGUGAAGGACGUCAAUGCUAUCAACGCCACCAAGGAGGUUAGAAUUGCAAAGUUACCAUUGUCUCAAAGUUUUAACUUCAGGUGUGGGUGCGUGGACGUGUGCACAAUACUCGUUCCAAGGGCAAGAAUUGCUUCCUGGAACUCCGCCAAGGUGUUUACACCGUCCAGGUCGCCAUGUUCUUGAAUGACAAGAUUAGCAAGCAAAUGCUCAAGUUCGUGUCUGCCAUCUCGAAGGAAUCAAUCGUCGACAUCUUCGCUACCAUCAGCAAGGUCGAGAGCCCGAUCGCGUCCUGCACUCAGAAAGAUGUUGAGCUUCUAGCUCAGAAAGUUUACGUCGUUUCCGCGUCCGCCCCGAAACUUCCUUUGCAAAUCGAGGAUGCUUCCCGUAGAGCACCAACUGAGGAGGAAAAGGCUAACGAGCAGGAGAACAAAUACGCUGUUGUCAACUUGGACACGAGACUCGACAACCGAGUUCUUGAUCUGCGUACGACUACUUCCCAUGCGAUUUUCCGUAUCCAGGCGGGAGUUUGCAACCAGUUCAGAAAAAUCCUCGAUGACCGCGGAUUUGUUGAGAUCAUGGCUCCGAAGAUUAUCUCCGCUCCCAGCGAGGGAGGGGCCAAUGUCUUCGAAGUCACCUACUUUAAGGGAUCCGCCUAUCUCGCCCAGUCUCCUCAGCUCUACAAGCAAAUGGCCAUUGCGGGAGAUUUCGAGAAGGUCUACACGAUCGGACCAGUGUUCCGCGCCGAAGACUCCAAUACUCAUCGUCACAUGACCGAAUUCGUCGGACUCGACUUGGAGAUGGCUUUCAAUUUCCACUAUCAUGAGGUACAGUUCUUUCAUAUAAUCAAAUGUGAGUCUCGGUUCAGGUGAUGGAGACGAUCGCGAAUGUGUUGACCCAAAUGUUCAAGGGGCUCCAGCAGAACUAUUCGGACGAGAUUGCGGCCGUCGGAAACCAAUACCCUGCCGAGCCGUUCAAGUUCUGCGAACCACCACUUAUCUUGAAGUAAUCAAUAGAUCUCUCUGAUUAUCCAGUUUUCUAUCUUUCAGGUAUCCGGAUGCAAUCGCUCUUCUCCGUGAAAACAAAAUUGAAAUUGGCGAUGAGGAGGAUCUUUCGACGCCAGUGGAAAAGUUCCUCGGAAAGCUGGUUCGAGAGAAGUACAACACUGACUUCUAUGUGCUCGACAAGUUCCCACUGUCUGUUCGUCCGUUCUACACUAUGCCUGAUGCCCACGACGCUCGCUACUCGAACAGUUACGAUAUGUUCAUGCGAGGAGAGGAAAUUCUCUCGGGAGCUCAGCGUAUUCAUGACGCCGACAUGCUCGUCGAGCGAGCUAAGCACCAUCAAGUCGAUCUGGCCAAGAUUCAGUCGUACAUCGACUCGUUCAAGUACGGAUGUCCGCCACACGCAGGAGGAGGAAUCGGAUUGGAGAGAGUGACGAUGCUUUUCCUCGGACUGCACAACAUCCGUCUCGCUUCAUUGUUCCCUCGCGACCCGAAACGGAUUACACCAUAA